CUAAAACUCCAACUUGGCCAUAAGGUACUGGUCCUAAGAAAGGCAGGACCGUCGGUUAGAGUUGAGGGUGUGUCACAUACAUGCUUCAUGAUGAACUGAGCUUUGGUUCCUUCUGACUCAUUUCAUUGCUUCUCUUCUUUCUGGUUUUCAGAGUAAGCAACUGGCUUUGUGUUUCAUUGUGAGGGUAAAAAAAAAAAAAGUAGCAGCUACUCUGCUGUUGAAAAGUUUUCUGAAACUCAAGCGACUGGAUACAUCUCUGAUUUGGUCGCCAUGGGGGAUUCGAUCUCAAGCCACCUGGAUGAGGGAAAACGGGAACUCAUUACAGAGAGGACAGCCGGAGUCCUGACAGAGUUCGGCCGUCUCUACGAGCAGCAAUAUGCUGUGGCCCUUUUUAACAAGGUGCGCUAUGACGUGGAGGGAGGAGGAGGACCUCAACCUCAGCUCCUGCACCGUAAGGAUCCUCUAGAGAACAAGUCCAUCUUCUCAGGGAUGCUGCUGCAGUAUAUGGAGGAAAACAAAAAAUGGCGGAAUCGAUUUCUCUUUGUCCCGGAUUCGUACAAGAUCAGCUACUAUGAAAGCAAACAGGCCCAUGAUCGAGGCCUUCACCCCAAAGGAAGCAUCAACUGUGCUGGUUACAAAGUGCUGAUCUCAAUGGAGAAGUACCUGGAGCUCCUGGACACCAGCCUUCCUGAUGUAAAAGCCAAAGUGAGUAGUUCUCCCUUCCUAAAAUGUGCCACGCAGUUCCCACUCUUCCUGUGGCACCCGUAUGCAAGGCAUCACUACUUCUGUGCAGCCACAGAGAAAGAGCAGGAGAAGUGGCACGCUGUGUUUCAGGAUUGCAUCCGACAUACCAACAACGGCCUGUCAGAGGAAUGUAAGGUUCAGACCCCAGCGUUUACAGAUGCAGUGCGACUUUACCGCCAGGCCUACGGCCAGUACGGCACCUGGGACAUGAUGUGUGGCGUACCUUCCCAGAUCCUGGCUAAUUUGGUGAUGGAGAAGCUGCUUCCUGAGCUGAGAGACCUAAUCAGUCCACGUCUGAAGGGAAAGAUGCAGGAAAGGCAGAAGAGCUGGACACUGAUCUCAGAUGCUGUGUACAGUCUGGUCCAGAGUCAGACACAGUCCCAAUAUGAGGCCAUAGUGCAGAGCUGUGAGGCAGGACGUCCCCCUCUGGAGGCUUCCAUACGCACGGACAUGGACCAGAUAAUCACCUCCAAGGAGCAUGUGACCAACAAAAUCAGAGCUCUGGUGCUGCCCAAGGCCGAAAAGCUCCUGAAGGUGAGUAUUGAGCCGUACAUCAGCUCCAUCUUGGAGGCCCUGAUGGAACCCACCAGCCGAGGCUUCUUUGAGGUGCGUGAUGUUUUCUUCAGGGAGCUGGUGGAUAUGAGCAAGAACCUGCUGAACGGUGGCAACAAAGAGAGACUGGGAGAGUAUAUGGAGAAGAUCUCUAUGCUGGCCUUCCACCCGGUGAAAAUGCAGUGCUGCUAUGAGAAGGUAGAGCAGCUGAGCCUGGAGGGCCUGCAGCAGCGCUUCGACGUUACCAGUCCGUCAGUGUUCGUCCAGAGAGCCCAGAUCCUCAUGAGAGAGCAAAUGGAUGAUGCCGUGUACACGUUCGAGCAGCUGCUCCACCAGAGUCUGGAGGGUCAUGAGGAAGAAGACCUCUGCAAAGCCAUCCAGCGGUGCCAGGAGCGAGUCAUCAAGAAAUAUGACUAUGACAGCAGCACUGUGCGUAAGAGGUUCUUCAGAGAGGCUCUUCUGCAGAUCUUUAUCCCCUACAUGCUAAAACAGCUCGCUCAGUCCUGCUCUGCUGACCUUCCUCGUUUCCAAGAGCUGAUCUUUGAAGAUUUCUCCCGUUUCAUCCUGGUUGAGAACAUCUUUGAGGAGGUGGUGCUUCAGACCGUCACGAAGGACAUCAUGAUGGCUGUGAAGGAGGCUGCUGUUCAGAGAAGACACAACCUGUACAGGGACAGCAUUGUGCUGACCAACAGCGACCCCAACCUCCACCUGCUGGCUGAGAACCCAUCCAUUGACUGGGCAGAAGAAUAUGGAGAAAAACAGGACGUGGAUGGAGAACUCGAGGGUGAAGGAGACUCGGCAGCCCAGAAGAGGCGUAGGAUGAAACAGGUGGUCUCCAUGAUCCAGGUGGACGGAACCAGCACAACGCUGCCUAACGAGUCUUGUUUGGAGGUUCCCAGUGUUCACGACAUCCCUGAAGAACAGGGUGAGGGAGAUUCUGAUGCUCAGUCCUCUUCUGCAUCUGAAAAGGCAGCACCCAUCAAAGAGGAAGUCACUGGGUCUCCGUCUAAAGAAACGGCACCUGAUUUACCCAAUGGGACUGCACCAAAUCUUGAUAAACGGGAAGAUGCGUCAAAGUCUCCACAAGACUCUGAGAGCAAGCUGACCAUAGAGAGCGCCAUCCAGCAGAUCGAGGACGCAGUCCAAGGAGAAGAUGGAGAGCAAAGUCCAGAUGGAAUCACCCCAAAGAAAACUGAAGAGACCAAAGAGGAAGCAAAGGUCGCACCUCAAAAAGAGGACCAGUUGGCACCGCCUGCAAACCAGGAUGACAAAACUGAACCAAGCACAGAGGAACCUGCAAAAGUUGAAGAAACCAUCACAGAACCAAAACAAGAAGAGCAAACAGAUGCUGCCGAGAACUCGUCAGACUCCCACUCGGAGCCCCAGCAGCACAGCACCGAUACGGACAGCGGCUUCCAGUCACCAGCCAACGAGGCGGCCGAAGAGGACGAGCUGCAGGCCGACGCUGCAACGGUGGAGGCGGGACAAGAGAAGCACAGUGACUCUGGGAAGGGAGCGGACACACUGACUACGCAGACAUAGACAUCAAUAAUUAAACUUUUUUUUUUGCUUUUUUUUUUUUUUUAAAUGGAAAACGCUAGAAACACCAGCCCAUUGCUCACAGAAGUGAUAGUUUUACAGAUGAGGGUUUUUACGGUGGUUGGUUUGUUUACACAAAACAUCUCUCGCUUCCUUUUGAGUUGAGAGUCUGUUUUUUUUCUUAAAUCAGAUCUUACCUUUUCACACUUUUUUUGCACAUAUUUGAAUUGCUGUCACUCUGGCUCGGUCAUAAAGAUUUCAUAAUGUCUCAAAUUUCAUUUGCUAAUUUUUAUGUGGAUUGUGCUGAGAAAUGGGAUGCUUUUGCCAAGAAGACUGCUUAACCCUAUAUAACUGGCUCCAUGCCUUAUAGUCUAGUAUGGCAUUGUAUGCAAUUUUAUUUGGUCGUCUUCUCCCCCCCCCCCCCCCCCCCCCCCCAGGGCUUGCUUAGGCCCAAACUGAAAACACUGAAUUUUUUUUUUUUUUUGUCGUCCUUUUUUUUUAAAAAUAAAUAUAGAUUAAUUUCUUUUGGAGCUUGACUUUUUUUUUUUUUUUGUGAAUAUCUUGAUAUUUCCUUUACUUUAAAUGGUUAAAUCUGAGCAAAUUUUUAAAAAAUAAAACCUUAUUCAGCAUGAGGUUUUACAGUUACCUUUCUGUAUACUCAAACUAAUCUCCAUUACUGCUGAUUGUGAUAUGUAGCACAUGUUUCUGGUCCAGUCCGUGUUUCACGCUGCCUGUAUUUAGGCUGAAUGCUGUGGUAACUGGAGAUUUCGAGUUUGGUGUGCUUCGACCAGGAACAUUCUUAACUAAACUAUAAACUAGGAAUAGAAAUCCUGCAAGUGUUUAUCUGGGGGCUUGCGUUUCAAACUGAAAUGACCAAACUAGUUAAAGGGUGAAUAUGUAAUUAUUGCAGUUACCUAUUGUUAAGUAUGUUUAUUUAUUAUCUGAUGCACUUCAUUGCCUUCUUUUGUUUCAUUGAAAAUGAUCAAUAAAUCAUUUAGAUUUGACACUGCA